GUCUCGGGAGGGUGUAUUGCCUUGUGCUUCUGACUUCCCACAGUCCCCGGUACGGUACGCUUCUAGUGAUCCCGCAACAGCUGGUAUCACUGCGGAUCCCUCUUUCUCUCCCGUCUCAAAUACCCAGAAAAAUCUCAUAGGACAUAGACGUGUAGCUGGACUCCCUGCGUAGACUUCUCGGCGGACAGCACCCACCGGAACGCGAUAGCUAGCUCAGCGUACUUCUCAGCGCGGAUCCGGAUGGGACUUGAUCCAUCUAUCUCACUGAGGGUGGUAGUUAUCUCCACUUUCAUCUCUUUGAUAUCGUAUGGCCUAUCGGCUGACCAGACCUAUCGCUACUUUAGUAGCUAUCCGAAGGAUGCUAGGAGCUUGAAAGCUGUUAUAGCUACGCUUUUUCUCUUCACCACUCUGCACGUUAUUCUCGUGAUGCAGAUCUGCUACACCGGCAUAUUGUCAAGCACUGAGGGGCACCUCAAUUCUAUCAACGCGAUACUUGACCAACGAGCAUUCUGGCUCCUCCCCUUGGCUCUGACCGCCGUGAGCGUGACAUCCCACUCCUUCUUCGCGCGGCGAGUGUACAUGAUCUUGGGACGCUCUCUUCCCUUCCUGCUCGUCGCGGGAAGCCUGCUCUUUGUGGCCUCAGGUCUCUCUUUGGCGGCCGCCCUCUACACGUUCAUGACGAGACAAUUAGGAUUUGAUCCUACGGUGAUCUUGUCCAUAACUCAAUUGAUCGUUUUGAUCACUCUUAAUCUGUUUGUGAACGCGAAACUUGUGGCAUAUCUCCGCAACGCGCGUACUGGGCUCAGUAACACAGACUCAAUCGUUGACCGUCUGAUCACAUGCUCGGUUCACACAGGUGCCAUCAGCAGUAUCCUUGGCCUGGUUUCAAUCAUAAUGCUUGCAACGGCGCCGAACCUGUUUUACAUGCCACUUGUUCAGCUAUUGGCGGGCUUUGAGGCGAAUUCGGUUCUUGCAGCUGUAAAUUCUCGUCGCUCGAGCGGAAACGUGAGCGUCCAGAUUUUAGACUUCGAUACCGCAAGAGUUACACAGCGAAGUACCAUCGUAUGGGCGAGGCAAAGUGCCGGCCAGAUGAGGACGAACAUCAGCCUUGAGCUACAGAGCACGGCACAUAGUAAUGAUCGCAGGGCAGAGAACGAGCAGUCUCCUCAGAAACCAGCAGCCCUGCUGUGAAGUAUGAUAUCAGAAUGGCCGCGCUAUCUUCGUAGAACUGCAAAAGGGGACGAUGGGCUAUAGAGCCUCCAGGAGAUCAGAGCGCGCUUGGGAAACCCUCAAUAAGGAUCCCUCGAGUAUUGCUCUUAUGUAUGUAGACGACAUCAGGCCAGAUUCGUU